ACGAACUGCAGUAGGGAAGGUUUACCAGAGAAGAGGAAGGGGAAGAGAAAGAAGAAGAAGAAGAAGAUGAUGAACAAGAAGGAGAUACUGAAGCUUGCAAAGGGGUUCAGAGGAAGGGCGAAGAACUGCAUAAGAAUUGCAAGAGAGAGGGUCGAGAAGGCCCUUCAGUACUCCUACAGAGACCGCCGCACCAAGAAGCGGGACAUGCGGUCUCUCUGGAUCGAACGCAUCAACGCCGGCACCCGCUUGCACGGCGUUAAUUACGGGAACUUCAUGCAUGGGCUGAUGAAGGAGAAUAUUCAGCUUAACCGGAAAGUUUUGUCAGAGCUCUCUAUGCAUGAACCACACAGCUUCAAGGCCCUGGUAGACGUUUCUCGAAACGCAUUUCCUGGAAACAGAAAAGUAGUACCUCCCAAAAAGGAAGGCCUUUCUGCCAUUCUUUAGGUAGCUGUUUUUGUGAUCAAAUCUGCCAUUUAUGGUUUGGUUGGAACAGAUAUUUUUUAGCUUGUAAGUUGUUGUUAAUUGCUACUUGUUUAGCAUAACCCGCCUUAUUAGUUCAAAGAUGAUAUAUGUGUUGCCAAACAAAUGAGUAAAUCGUUUUGUCGCGGACUCAUAGAAAGCAAGGAUAUGGCAGCUAGACAUCGAAGAAGAAAGGUAAAAGAAAACCAUCAAUACAUAAAUCUUUUUUCCCUUCAUCAA